GACGGACACUCUGCUGCCAUGGGCUCCGGGGGUUCGAGCACCGAGGCCGAGCGGGAGCCGCUGGUGGGCCCGGCCCCGCAGCCCCGCAGGCCGCCGGGCCUCCGGUGGCGGGUCCUGUGCCUGUUCUCUCUGCUGGGCCUCCUGCAGGGCUGCGUGCGGAGCUUCUGGGGGCCCGGCGGCAGCGCGGCCUCGGCUCAGCUGCAGAGGGCCGCCGGGCUGAGGGACGACGACGCGGCGCUGCUGCUGCUGUGGGGCCCGGCGGGCUUCAUACCGGGGCUGGUGCUCAUGUGGCUGCUGGACAAGAAAGGUCUUCGGGCGGCUCUCCUCCUCUCGGCCUUCUUCAUGCUGCUGGGAUCGGCUCUGAGGAGCAUUCCCCUGACGGAGCAGCCUCUCAGGAGAUGGUUGAUCCACGGAGGUCACAUCCUGAACGGUCUGGCGGGCCCCACCAUCAUGAGCGCCGGCCCCUUCCUCUCCACCACGUGGUUCGCCCCGGACCAGAGAGCCACCGCCACCGCCGUGGCCUCGCUCUCCUCCUACCUGGGCAGCGCCGCCUCCUUCGUGAUCGCCCCCCUGGUGGUGCCGGCGCCUAACCGCACCUGGUCGUCGCCCUACGCGGUGGCUGCGGUUUCCGACAGCGCCAUCCGAGACCGGAUCCAGCUGGUUAUGUAUGCAGAGUUGACUGUGAUCGCCGUUCUCUUUGCGGCGGUGCUGCUGUAUUUCCCGUCUCGCCCUCCGAUGCCUCCCAGUGUGGCCGCCGCCAGCCAGCGCCUCAGCUACAGGACCAGCAUCUGCAGACUCCUCAGCAACGUCCGGUUCCUGAUGUUGGCGCUGGCCUACGCGGUUCCCUCCGGAUUGAUCGCUGGCUGGGCGGGAGUCCUCAACACGGUCCUCACACCGGCAAAAGUCAGCCAGGUGGACGCAGGUUGGAUCGGUUUCUGGUCGACUGUUGGUGGAUGUGUGUUUGGAGUGGCGAUGGCCAGGUUCGCAGACUCCAUUCGUGGGAUGCUGAAGCUGAUCCUGGUGCUGAUGCUGGCAGGAGCGUCUCUGUCCUCCACCUGGUUCACACUCACCUGUCUGAGCUCCUUCACCCACCUCCCCUCCACCGCAGCCAUCCUCUACACGUCCUGCAUCCUGGUUGGCAUUUUCAUCAACAGCAGCGUGCCGAUAUUCUUCGAGCUCCUCAUCGAGACCGUGUACCCGGUUCCUGAAGGCAUCACCUGUGGAGUCGCCACAUUCCUGGGGAACCUGGUCUCGGGCCUGCUGCUCAUCUUCCUCACCUUUUACUCUACAGAUCUGUCCUGGUUGAACUGGUGUCUAACUGGUUCCUGUCUCUUCAGCCUCGUCCUCAUCCUCUUCUUCAGGGAGUCCUACGACCGUCUCUACCUGGACGUCUUCGUCUCCGUGUGAGGACCGAACACUCUAAAGACUCUUGUUAAGACGUUUAGACUUUUAGGAUUGUAUAUAUUGGUAACCAUGGUGACGGAUCGAUGUUGUGCGGCUGCAGGCGCCGUGCGACGGUUUUUAUUCAUUCAUUCUAUGUUUGUGUGUGAACAAACGUUUGUGAACGGUUUAAUUUUCUUAACCAGACGGACUGUUAGUGGUCGUUGUUUACAGAUGAACUGAUAUUUAAAGCUUCACUGGCUCCGGAUCAGCGCCAAGAGUCGGCUCCUAACGAGGAAGUAACGGGCCGACCGGCUGCUUCGGCCAAUCAGAAGGCUUAACGAGGGAGCUCUAAAGUGACCUUUAAAGGAGGAUCUUUGCCCUCUAGAUUAAUAUUAUGCAAAAAUGAUUCACCAAAUUGAGGACCAGAAGGGACGAGUGCUGGAUUUGGACGAACCCGCACUUUUCUUUGUGGAAGAAGAAGCUGCGACCUCUGAACUGAAUUUGUUCAGCCCUUUUUUUGUGGGAAAUGGUGUCAAUUAAUAAGAUGUUGUUUUUUUAAAUCUAACUAAAUAUGUUUUUACGGUGUUUUUUAAAUGCGUUUCCUCUCAGAUAGUAUUUAUAGAAAGUGUCUGAAACACUAACACGGUUAGAGGAUUUCAGAGGAGAUUGUUUUAUUUAACACUCAGAGGAUUACUGCGAUCCUCACGCUGAGACACUUCUCACUAAAACGCCUGAAGGGAAAAAUAAAAUAAAGUUUCUUUGAAUGAAAAACUGGAGAUGUGACACAAAAAACCAGCUUCAGAUCAGGAGGGACAUGAAACACACAAAGUCUGUUUGUCUCUGACUCGUCUUUGUCCUCCUCAGCAGCUAUGAGGAGUUUUAAUGUGUUACAGUUAAACAGGCUCUUUAAUGUGAUUUUUAUUUUUUACUCUCCUUGUACAGAGAAAGUUUGUCUUUUACCUUCUGACGUGUUGCCUUAAUGCCCGGUGCUGUGAUUUCAGCCUCCCUCUCUUCCACACUGUGUUUUAUAUACACAUAUAUGUAUAAAUAUAUAUAUAUAUAUAUACAUAUACAUAUAUGUGUAUAUAAAUGUGUAUAUAUAUAUGUGUUUAAUGUUAAAGGUCAUGUUCUCCUGUCCUGCAACACGCACACACAAACACUCUCUGUGGUUAUAGAUGUCUUGUGGAAGGAAAAGGAACAUAAAUGUGACUGUUGAAUAUUUCCUGCACCUUAUUAAAAUAAACA